CACACACAUAGAGAGACAGAGCGUGGGAGGAAGAGACCACAAUCAUUUAUUUUGCAAAAUUUGAUUCCAAUUCCACGCUCACACAGUGGAGCUGGUCUACCAGAAUUCCUUGCUUCAUACCCGCGAGGAGCUGGCCAUGGUAGUGCUUGGCCCUCUGACCUUGAACGCGGUUACGUUGCUUCUGCUGCUGAUCAGAUGGGCCUGUCAGCUGCUGUUUGCCUCACUGCCAUCCUUCUUGUCAAAGUUUAUCAUGGCGCUGGCUGUGUGGACACUGCUCGACCCUCUGGCGGUCUUUGUAGUGGACGCCAUCCUGGGGCGUUUGGCCUACAGUGCCGAUCACCCAGUGGGCGAUGCUGCCAAGCUCUACUGGCACCUCCUCAAGACGGAGCAGUCAGGGGCAGCGGGCAUCAUCGUCACCCUCUUCCUCUACGCCGUCCACUUCCUGCUCUCCCUCACCAUCCUCUACAUAUACUUCAUCAGGCUCCACAAUGAUGGCCGUGUCUUGGACGUAUACCAACGCCUCCACAGUCCUGAAGGGUCUUUCUUCGUCCCUCAAGAUCUGGAAGUGUCCAAUCAGGAACUGAACUACAUCAUCAAGAAAGCUGAGCAGUGGAGGGGAUUCAAUGGGGAAAGGCGCAAGGUGGCAGUGUACGACUACAUCUGGACGGAGGAGGAGCCUGGAGCGAUGAGGGGUGGGCCGGACCCCCCCGGGGCUACUACGCCUGCGGGGGAAGGCGGCGGCGGAGAGCGCAGCACCCACGUGUCCAUCUACACGCUGCACCUGAGCGGCCUCAGACAGCGCUACAGGCACUUCCUUAGGCAGCCCGAUGGGGCCAUCGUGGAGGUGAUAGGUGACAUUGAUGGUGUUCCACAUAUGGACGAUGAGGCGUCUCAGCCAGGACAUAGGAUGGACAAGGAGGAAGAGGAGGAACAUGGAGCCAGCUCCUCACAACAGCUCAGAGAGAGGAAGAGGAAGAAGCCCUUUUUCCGUUCUCACCGAGUUGAGCCUGUGGGCGGAAGCAUGUGCGACUCCACACUGCAAGACCUCCCUCACUGAUGCUCUAUUGGGUUCUCUGUGUACAGUACAGUACCUUGCUGCUGCCAGGGCCUCCUGACACCCAGGUCAACUUACUGUAGGUGUUGUGUAUUUAACACUCACUAAUUGUUCAAUCCGGUCUCAGUUUAGUAGGGUAUUCCUCAGAAAGGGCCUCGCUACAUUUCUGAAGUCAUCAACAUUUUCAACACAGUAAAGUUGUACAAACAGCACUUCAUAAUGAGAAAUGUAAAAUGAUAUCCUGGAAGUGUAUCACCUGUUUUCAAACAUGUUUUUUGCUGCUGACUAAACUCAUUGUUGUAUGAUAUGUCUGAGUACAAACUGUAAAAGCCUUUAUAUCUCAGUUGUUACACCACUGUAAACCUAUAAUGCUGAAUGCAUACUUUAUUAAAGGUACUUAGGCUGC